GAAGAAACGACGGUUUAUAACCGAGCGACGUCGCUCGGCUUCAUUAUUCUGACCCACACGACGAGAACAGAGAGGCGCGACUGAUCGGAUUCACGCUGAGCUCAUAUCCCACGGCGAACAUCACCGCCCCGAGUUUCAUCUUAUAUAAGUUGUGGGGAAUAUAUUGGAGAUCCAGCGCUUCAACGGCAAAAUGAGGUUGCUGUGCAUGUUCCUGCUGGUGGUCGGCUAUGUGUGUGCCGACGACGACGACCGGAAGGAGAAUGUUGGUACCGUGGUGGGAAUUGACCUUGGGACCACCUACUCCUGUGUUGGAGUGUUCAAGAACGGCCGUGUUGAGAUUAUUGCCAAUGACCAAGGAAACCGCAUCACUCCUUCUUAUGUAGCUUUCACAAGUGAGGGUGAACGUCUCAUUGGGGAUGCUGCCAAGAACCAGCUUACCUCUAACCCUGAAAACACCAUCUUCGAUGCCAAGAGGCUGAUUGGUCGUACGUGGGGUGACCCCUCUGUGCAGCAGGACAUCAAAUACCUGCCGUUCAAGGUUCUUGAGAAGAAGAGCAAGCCUCAUAUUCAGGUUGACAUUGGGUCUGGUCAGAUGAAGACUUUUGCCCCUGAGGAGGUCUCAGCUAUGGUUCUUACCAAGAUGAAGGAGACUGCAGAGGCUUACCUGGGAAAGAAGGUUACACAUGCUGUGGUCACAGUCCCUGCCUAUUUCAAUGAUGCUCAGCGUCAGGCCACCAAGGAUGCUGGUACUAUCGCUGGACUUAAUGUGAUGAGGAUCAUCAAUGAGCCAACUGCUGCUGCCAUUGCCUAUGGUCUGGACAAGAAGGAUGGCGAGAAGAACAUCUUGGUGUUCGACCUUGGAGGCGGUACCUUCGAUGUAUCCCUGUUGACCAUCGAUAAUGGUGUGUUUGAAGUGGUGGCCACCAAUGGAGACACUCACCUUGGUGGGGAGGACUUCGACCAGCGUGUCAUGGAGCACUUCAUCAAGCUGUACAAGAAGAAGACCGGAAAGGAUGUGCGCAAGGACAACCGUGCUGUACAGAAGCUGCGUCGUGAGGUCGAGAAGGCCAAGAGAGCCCUGUCCUCUCAGCACCAGGCCCGUAUUGAGAUCGAGUCCUUCUUUGAGGGCGAAGACUUCUCAGAGACCCUGACCCGUGCCAAGUUUGAAGAACUCAACAUGGAUCUGUUCCGGUCCACCAUGAAACCCGUGCAGAAGGUGCUGGAGGAUGCUGACCUGAAGAAGUCUGACAUUAACGAGAUUGUGCUUGUGGGUGGCUCCACUCGUAUCCCCAAGAUCCAGCAGUUGGUUAAGGAGUUCUUCAAUGGCAAAGAGCCCUCUAGAGGCAUCAACCCUGAUGAAGCUGUGGCCUAUGGAGCUGCUGUCCAGGCAGGAGUGCUUUCUGGAGAGGAAGACACAGGAGAUCUUGUGCUUUUGGAUGUGUGCCCCCUUACUCUUGGUAUUGAGACUGUUGGAGGAGUGAUGACCAAGCUCAUUCCCAGGAACACUGUUGUGCCCACGAAGAAGUCUCAGAUCUUCUCCACAGCUUCUGACAACCAGCCAACUGUGACCAUCAAGGUUUAUGAAGGUGAGCGUCCUCUGACCAAAGACAACCACCUGUUGGGCACCUUUGACCUGACUGGUAUCCCACCUGCACCUCGUGGUGUGCCUCAGAUUGAAGUAACGUUUGAGAUCGAUGUUAACGGUAUUCUGAGAGUCACUGCUGAGGACAAGGGCACAGGAAACAAGAACAAGAUCACCAUCACCAACGACCAGAACCGUCUGACGCCUGAAGACAUUGAACGCAUGGUCAAUGAUGCAGAGCGUUUCGCUGAUGAGGAUAGGAAGCUGAAGGAGCGCAUCGAUGCUCGCAAUGAGCUGGAGAGCUACGCCUACUCUCUGAAGAACCAGGUGGGUGACAAGGAGAAGCUUGGGGGCAAGCUGUCAUCGGAUGACAAGGAGGCCAUUGAGAAGGCCGUGGAAGAGAAAAUUGAAUGGCUCGAGUCCCACCAGGAUGCUGACAUCGAGGAGUUCCAAGCCAAGAAGAAGGAGCUAGAAGAGAUAGUACAGCCCAUCAUCAGCAAGCUUUACGGCAGCGCAGGUGGGCCUCCACCCGAAGAGGGCGAUGAACAGGGUGAUAAGGAUGAGUUGUAGGUUGCUGUGAUUCCAUCUCUACAUCCUCUUUUUUUUGUUUUUGUUUGAUUGGUCCUCUGGUGCCCUUUUCUCUCUGGAAAGAUGAUGGGUGUACAUUUUGUUGAACUCGAUGGACAAUUGUGAGGAAAGGUGUGAAAAGGGGACAACCAUAAAGCCGUGAUUAUCUUCUGGAAA